ACAACAACACAACCAGUAACAACAGUACCUAUCACAGUGACUUCAGGAACACCAUCGUCUGCUCCCAACAUGGCCACCUCAAGACCAUCAGACACAACGGCACCACAUGAACCUCCUACAGCAACCAAAACUACGCCUACACAAAGCACAUCUGUUCCUGCUGUUUCUACACCCAUCACAACAUUUGAAGAAAUUCAAAAACAAUUAAAAAACACACUCGAUCAUGUCGAACAAAGAAACAUGGUUAGUGGAUUCCAAACACUCAGUAAAGCAACAGGUGCUGUUGUGGACCAUUGUGAACAAUUAGGCUUAACUUCAGAUGAUCACCCGUACAAUGCUAUUGAUCGAGAACAAUUUUGGGCUGGACUUAAUAAUUGCUGGCUUUAUGCAUUAGCACAACGGCAUGAACCAAGUAGUGAUGCCGAGCGUAUGACAGAUCAGCACUUGUAUAGUUUAAGAGAAAUGGUAGUGACCUGGGCAGAUAAACUAGAACGAUAUGGUCUUGUGGAUUAUGAGAUGGGAUGGUGGGAAGCAGAUAUUUUGGCUGCCAUUGAUGGUAUUCUAGCCAUGAAUUAUGCUGCUGCUCAAGCGGCUGCUCAAGCUGUUGUUGCACAAGCAGCAGCAGCCUUGUUUGGAGAUGAUGUGAAUAUGCAAUAGAUUUUAGAUACUUUAGAAAGAAAGAAAGCUUGUAAAUAAUAAUAAAAAACAUGUACAAUUCUUUUAUAUGUAUAUAUAUGUAUAUAUAUAUAUAUAAUCAUUCUAUUCAUCCUCCAAUUCAUCAAUAUCUGGUAUAGGAA